GCUCCCCCCACCCUCUCCCCCGUCUAUCCGCUGGCUCUCUUGGCCAUGAACGGCUCGGCAGGGAGCUCUGAGGGAGGCUGGCAGCCCGAGUCGGUGAUCAUCCCACUGCUGUUCCUCAUCAUCUUCCUGGUGGGCACGGUGGGCAACUGCCUGGUCCUGGCCGUGCUGCUGCGCAAUGGGCAGGUGAAGAACACCACCAACCUCUUCAUCCUCAACCUGGGGGUGGCUGAUCUCUGCUUCAUCCUCUUCUGCGUCCCUUUCCAAGCCACCAUCUACACCCUGGAGGGUUGGGUGUUUGGGCCCUUCCUGUGCAAGGCUGUCCACUUCUUCAUCUACCUCACCAUGUAUGCCAGCAGCUUCACCCUGGCUACUGUCUCCCUUGACAGGUAUUUGGCCAUACGAUACCCUCUGCACUCGAGGGAGCUGAGGACACCCAGGAAUGCCCUCGUGGCCAUCUGUGUCAUCUGGGGACUUUCCUUCAUCUUCUCAGGCCCUUACCUCAGCUAUUACCAGGAGUUCCAGCUGGCCAACCUGACUGUCUGCCACCCCAUCUGGGAGAUCUCCCAGCGCAAGGUCAUGGACAUCUGCACCUUCAUCUUCAGCUACAUCAUCCCAGUGCUGAUCUUGAGCCUCACAUACGUGCGGACCAUUCGCUACCUGUGGAAGUCUGUGGACCCUCUCCAAGGCAUGUCGGAGUCCAAGAAGGCCAAGCGGAAGGUCACCAGGAUGAUCAUCAUCGUGGCUGUCCUCUUCUGCCUCUGCUGGCUGCCUCACCACCUGAUCAUCCUCUGCGUCUGGUUCGGGUACUUCCCCCUCAACCAGGCCACCUACGUGCUCCGCAUCCUCUCGCACCUCAUCUCCUACGCCAACUCCUGCGUCAACCCCAUCGUCUACGCCCUGGUCUCCAAGCACUUCCGCCAGGGCUUCAAGAAGAUCUUCAUCUGCCUCUUGCACAAGAAGGCAGCCAACAAGGUGCACAUCGCUCAAGCGACGAACACAGUCAGCACGCUGGAGGCAGAGCUCAGCGAGGUGACCCACGUCAGCAGAGCCCUGCCCGGCCGCUCCUCCGCCCCGCGCUGGGGGCAGGCAGAGCUGGUGGGGUACCAGAGGAAAGCAGAGGGCUCCUUCAUCACCUUCAACAUCACCUAGCAGGGCUUCUUCCUACCCCAUGGCUUUGCAGGCUCCUGCAGCGUCACAGGCCUGGGGACAGGCUACGUUUUGGGUUGGAAUGCAUCAAAUUGUACCUUUUUCAUUGAGAUGCAGCCAGGUACCAUAACUGUUGAAGUGAUGAUGCUGCCUAUGGACUCAGCCGAGCACCAGCCGAGGAUCCAAGGGCAGGACUUGCUUCCACCAAGUGCUUGUUGGGAUCAGGGAUAUCAAAUCCCCACGUAAACUUUCACAUGUAAUUGCCAAUUCCUCUCUCAGACAGACUUACACCCUGUUGGAUCUACACCUGGUAUCUAUUGAAAGCUCAGGUCCCUCCAAACUACUGAGCAUCUGGCUGGAGUUAGCAGGGGGAACUACUGGUUUAAGGCCCAGCUCAGGAGCUGUGCCCCUAGAGCAGCACCGGCUACAGCCACCUGGACACAAAGCUGGCUCAGGUAGGAAAAUCCAGGAGAUAAACUUUCCUGACACAGGUGAUGCUGGCUGGGCUUUCACAGCUGCCUGGGGCCUGUGGCUCAGGGCAGGUUUCCCUGAGAUGGAGCCUGUAUGGAAGCAGCAUCUGUGGCUGAAACGAGUGCCAUAGCCCCAGUAUGGGACUGCAGAGGGUACAGGGCACCAACCGUGUUGCUGCCCAUGGCUCGUCCCUACCCUUUGAGUGCAUGUGAGGCUCUGCAGAAAGUCUGGAGGUCACCAAGGACAGGUGGGGUGGGAGAAUGUUUGCUGUGUCCCUGUGGGAGAGGUUGUGCUGCCUGGGGAAGCUGAGCUGGAUGUCAGCAGGUCAGCACUAGGGGAGUGUUUAAUGGCUCCGCAUCUCAGCCUGCGCCAGGCGUGUAUGAAGAAGAGCAGUGGAGGACUGGGCACAGCUUUCCUGUGGCUGUGGUGUGGGGCUGGACAAGUGCUGGGGAAGCCUCAAUAAAGUCCUCCAUCCUA